AAUAUCUUUCCUCAUAAAUACAUCAUCUCAUUUCGUUGAUUAUCAAAAAUAACAAAUUUAAAAUUGUUAGCGACGGAGAGAAAGGAGAAGUCGUAGUCUCAUACCUCAUGGGAGAAGAGGGCAAGAAAGAGGCGGAAAAAGGCGGCGGCCCCAGCCACCGCCGCGCCGAGGAGGGUGCACGAGGUCAUGGAAUUAAUGCGCAGAAAGGGCAAGAAGAGGUUAAUUGGACGUGGAAGAGAAAGCCGUUGCAAGGAUUUAGCCAUUCGAUCUCCCUUUCUUACCGGAAGAAAGUGUUUGAUGACAUCAGGUCGGUUUUGACCUGUGUCGGUGGCGAGAAACUACUGCAACGAUUUUCAGAUGGCUGCUUUGGCCAUCUUAUGCGUUUCGUCGGGGGAGUCAGUUGCAGCAAAGCUCUGCAUGAGAUGAUUAGCCGUGAAAUCACAUUUCCCAAAGCCAAAGGAGAUGAGUUGUGGUUCCACGUUGGUGAAACCAACAUCCGGUUUGCAAUUGCAGAGUAUGCACUCGUGACCGGACUACAUUUUGGAUCAUCCACUUUUGAUCCACUAGGGAGUCAUGAGAUCCCACCGGAAGGGCUUUUUAUGCGAUUAUGGAAGGGCCGUCCUAUCACCGCGAAUCAUCUUUGGGGCCUGUUUAAUUUGCAGCAUCUGAGUAUGUCACCGGAGGACUAUUUGAAGGUGGCUCAUGUCCUGGCCAUGCAUCUGAUGGCAUUGGGGUAUGACCAGUCUAAGAGGAUCGAGCCAUGGGUGUGGGUUUUGGUUGAGGAUCUCGAUCAGUGGAAUAGUUUUCCUUGGGGCGCCUACACGUACCAGGCGCUCGUGCACUUUGUUAGCAUCCUGCCUACAAAGAGGGGAAACAUAAAACACCGACUACGAUAUUUUGUUUCUGGGCCGGUAUGGGCCCUACAGGUAUACAAUCCUUGUGUUUAUUGCCUUUUCAACUUUAUUGAUUCUUUUUUACUCGAGUUGGCUCGCCUUAUUUUACAGAUUUGGGCUUAUGAGGCUAUACCAUGUCUACCAAAUUUGUGUGCUUCGUUCACCAGGGAGGUCCGUGUGCCCCGAUGUCUUAAGUGGUCAUUCCUUAUAAGGGGAAAAAGGUUGCACAAACAUAUUUUGGACAGUAAGCUUGUUUGUCAUGUGACACUGGAGCCAACAGCCGACGAGCGAUUGCAGCCAUAUUGGCUGAGCUUGCAAACUCAGCAGCCACUCGGCGUUCGUUACCCUUCCCCACGGACCCGGCAGCGGCAAGUAGUGGCGCCUCCGCCUCGUGUCGUAGGAGCUGUAAAGCGGGCCAGGGUUCCCGUCUUGUAUAACUAUUUAACUUCAACAGAUGAUGCUUCAGCUAGUUCGUCGCUGCCAGAACCACGACAUGCUGCUCCUCUGGAGCCUGUCGAGGUCCCUGACACCGAUGGUAGCGUGCACAGCACUCCGCAGCCAUCCGAACGUCCCAGCCGCAGGCUGAACCGCACACCACGACGCCCACAGAGAUGUCCUCAAGCAUUGGACGAGGCUCGCUUUGUGGAUCAAGUUUCCGGUAAGGUGGUAGAUCAUCUGGUCCAGCUUCUCGUUCCCCAGAUGAAGCAGUGGAUAAAUGACCGGUUUGAUCAGAUGGAAAAACCUCAAGGUUGCAACGCAAAAAGUGCUAAAGCUGAUGCUGAGAUUGCCGUCAAGAAUAAAAAGAAGAAGAAAUCCUUUGGUGGGGGAUCAUCUUCAAUGUUAGACACUGGUGUAGCUGGCGACGGAAUAUCAAGUUCUAAUCAAGAGGAUUCCGUGAUGCCUAGUGAGAGAAGUCGAGAAAAACGCGAUGUCCCCAUUCGGCCUCAUAGCUAUGCUAACAAGCCAGUAAAGUCUGAGAUGAAGCAGAAUCCAGUUGAAGCCAACCCUUAUUCAAGCAAGACGAUGACGACAAAGAGGUUGAAAACGAAGAAGUGUCCUACGUCCAACGAAGAAACAAGUGAUGGUGAUGUUAACGAGGGGAGCAAAUCACCUUCUGGCGACGAGAGGAGGAGGAAGAAGAAGAAGAGGAGCAAGAAACGGAAGCAGAAGUAUUGGCAGUCGAGUUCGGCCGAAAGCUCAAGUAGUGACGGUGAUCGGAGGAGGAGAAAUAGACGCAAGUGUCGUCGGGAAAGUUCCUCCGAGUCGUCCGAUUUCGGCCGUCGAUCCAGUCGGCGGCACCAUCGUUCCCGUCAGAGCCACCAUCGCCACGAUCGACAUCACGCCGAUUGAUCAGCCUCUUUCAGUGAUGUAGGUGUUAUGUUUUGAACUAUGCAUUAGCAGAGUUGAGAGUAAUUUCUUUAUGCAUGGAAUUUCUAGGUAACUUAAUUUUGAGCCUUACUAAAUGUUUGAUAUUUUGUGGCUACUUAAUUUUGAGAUGCAUUACCCUAAACCUAAACUCUAGCAUUACCUUGAUGAA